AUGCGAGGGGGAUCAGGCCAUCCCUAUUUAAAAACCAAUAUGAUCUUCGAUCUCAUCAACAGCCACCACACAAAUUCUAAAGAAAAAUCGAGCAUUCGAAAUGUUAACUCUAGAACAAGUACAGGGACAAAACCUGGGAUAAAUCGCGAUGUUAGAGAUAAACCCUCAACAAUCCCAUCAAGAGGAUUCAGCAGACCACGACCGAGCUCACCAAAAGGCAGGAGAUCCCCACAUCCUUCGUUUUAU